GGUAGAAAUGAACGGAGACUGCCUCCUUGUCCCUUCCCAGAGGACCACGUCGCCCUGGCUGACAGGCGAUUGCUCAGGCCUCGGCUGAAGGGCAGGUCCCUGAGUCCAGGCGGGUCCGGGUGGUCUCCUGCGCGACUCACUCCUGCUGCGGCCGCGUGGGGGUUGGGGCAGCGGAGAGCGCAGGCGCAGUGCCCGUGCCCGUGGGGCCCCUCUCCCUGCUCGCUGCCCCUGGCAGCCGCGGCCAAGAUUGUCCCCACCACGCGCGACCUCUGCAGGCAGAGUUGGUUAUCUGAAGAAAUGGAUACUUCUCCAUCCAAAAAAUAUCCAGUUAAAAAACGAGUGAAAAUACAUCCCAACACAGUGAUGGUGAAAUAUACUUCUCAUUAUCCCCAACCUGGGGACGAUGGCUAUGAAGAAAUAAAUGAAGACUACGGAAAUUUUAUGGAAGAAAAUCCAAAGAAAACUCUGCUGAGUGAAAUGAAAAGAAAAGGAAGAACUUUCUUUGGAACUAUGGAUACUCAGCCUCCACGAAAAGAAGACAUCAGAGCCAGUGAGACUGGACAGUUCCAGAGCUUUGCUGGGAAAAAUAUUUUUCAAUCCCAAAAAAUGUGGAUAGUGCUGUUUGGAUCUGCUCUGGCUCAUGGAUGUGUGGCUCUUAUUACUAGGCUUAUUUCUGAUCGUUCUAAAGUUCCAUCUUUAGAGCUCAUUUUUAUCCGUUCUGUCUUGCAGGUCUUAUCUGUGUUAGUUGUGUGUUAUUAUCAGGAAGCUCCUUUUGGCCCCAGUGGAUACAGAUUACGACUCUUCUUUUAUGGUGUAUGCAAUGUCAUUUCUAUCACCUGUGCUUAUACCUCAUUUUCCAUAGUCCCCCCCAGCAAUGGGACCACGAUGUGGAGAGCCACAACUACAGUUUUCAGUGCCAUCUUGGCAUUUUUACUUGUAGAUGAGAAAAUGGCUUAUGUUGACAUGGCUACAGUUGUUUGCAGCAUCAUAGGUGUUUGUCUUGUCAUGAUCCCCAACAUUGUUGAUGAAGACAAUUCUUUGUUAAAUGCCUGGAAAGAAGCCUUUGGGUACACUAUGACUGUGAUGGCUGGAUUGACCACUGCUCUUUCUAUGAUCGUAUACAGAUCCAUCAAGGAGAAGAUCAGCAUGUGGACUGCACUGUUUACCUUUGGUUGGACUGGAACGAUCUGGGGAAUAUCUACUAUGUUUGUUCUUCAAGAACCUAUCAUCCCUUUAGAUGGAGAAACAUGGAGCUAUCUCAUUGCUAUAUGCAUCUGUUCUACUGCAGCAUUCUUAGGAGUGUAUUAUGCCUUAGACAAAUUCCAUCCAGCUUUGGUCAGCACAAUACAACAUCUGGAGAUUGUGGUCGCUAUGAUCUUGCAGCUUCUAGUGUUACACAUAUUUCCUAGUGUCUACGAUGUUUUUGGAGGAGUGAUCAUUAUGAUUAGCGUAUUUGUCCUUGCUGGCUAUAAACUUUACUGGAGGAAUGUAAGGAGGGAAGAUUAUCAGGAAAUACUGGACUCUCCCAUUAAAUGAAUAACUGGUUGUUAUUAUUAUCUUGUUAAUGUCCAAUUAUAAACAUGUACACUGCCAUUUUAAUAUUUACCUGUAGAUGUCUUUUGUGUUAUAUAAUUGACAGUUAUAUAAUUCAUAUACGCAGAUGCAGAAACAUAUUCUAGACUAAUAUAUUAAAAUAUAAAUAUUAAAUGUGUCAUAAAC